GGACCCUGUGGAGAUCCCGGGGAGCCGGGCGAGAAGGGCCGGCGGGGGUACACGGGUGAUCCUGGGCUGCAGGGCCUGCCAGGACGGGCAGGUUACCCUGGCUCGGAUGGCUUCCCUGGCCUGGAUGGCAAACCUGGGCCCUGGGGGCUGCCAGGAGAGCAGGGCCCGCAAGGCUUCCAGGGUGACCGGGGGCUGCCUGGUGAGAAGGGAGAAGAGGGUUUCUUGGGUGACCCUGGACCUGCUGGGGAGAAAGGAGAGAAGGGAGUGAAGGGGAUGUCUGGCCUGAAGGGUGUGAUGGGCUUCCAAGGCCCCGUGGGGCUGGAGGGGUUCAUUGGCCUGCCAGGUCCCAAAGGCACCCAAGGAGAGCGGGGUCCCCGUGGAGCACGAGGAGCAGAGGGGCUGCCCGGGGCCCGGGGCCAGGCUGGCUCACUGGGCUUCCCUGGCCCCCGAGGAGCUGUGGGGCCCCCAGGACCAGACGGGGAAGAAGGGCAGAUUGGCCCAUCAGGGCUGAACAGCAGCGAGGGACCCAAGGGUGCUCCUGGUACGCGGGGGUUGGACGGUGUCCCCGGGAAGCCUGGUUUGGUAGGAGAAACAGGGGCUCCUGGAGCUCCUGGAGCUGCUGGCCCACCUGGGUACCCGGGUGACGUGGGAGAUCCUGGGGGAAGCGGAGUCUCCGGGCUGGAUGGGUGA